UAAGAGGUUGGUAAAAGACAUUUAAAUUUUACUUAUUUUAUAAGACAAUACCUACCUACCUAACAUACCUACCUAAGGUACCUAACCUAUAUAUGAAUAAUAUAAUAUACAAUAUAUACCAUUGACAACUAACAACUCUUCACGACUUAACUCAAACUCCAUACCGUCCCAAUCCCUCGCCCACCAUGUCGUCGUCUUCCUCCCCCCUCGCCUCAAACCCGACGGAGCACAGCCAAGUCGUCGCGGACCCCCUCGCGCAUUUCAAGGCGGUCCCGUGGUGCGCAGCGCUCCUCUCCGACCCGGCUAUCAUCGAGAUCGGCGUGCCGGACCGACGACCUCUACCCAACGGCGACUCCAGCCUCGUGCGCAAGACCAUGAAUAGCCCCACGACCGCCCGCGCGUGCGUCACUUUCUACCGACUCGUCAAGCCCAUCCAACCCUCCUCCACUUCCUCCUCCUCCCGCUCUCCAUCUUUCGGCGGCACCGGCGAGCUCUCCCCCGCCGGGGGCUCCGCGCCAUCCGACAGCAGCCGGAGCAGCAAGGCCAAGAACCCAAACCCGGACCCGAAACCCAAGCAACCCGCGCUGUCGGCGUCCGAAGCCCUGCUCGGCGGCGGCGGCAGGCCGAACGGCGAGUCCCCGCAGAACCCGUUCCUGCUGUUCAGCGCCCUGGUCGAUCUGGGCGAGGACUGCCAGAGCUUUCCGGGCGUCAUGCACGGCGGCAUGCACGGGCUGCUGAUGGAUGAGGUUAUGGGGAGCGCGGCGAAUGCCCAGACCGCACACGGGGCGCGCACGAUCCGCUUCACAACGCACCACCGGCGCCCGAUCUGGCUCCCGCAGAUCCUGCUGAUACGCGGGCGCGUGAUACGGAAGGUGGGCCGCAAGAUAGACGUCAGGGGCACGCUGGAAGAUAAAGACGGAAACAUCUUGGCCGACGGCGAGGGGAUCUGGAUCGCCAUAGUACGGGAACCUGUCCGGAGCAAUCUGUGAGUGAGCAACACGCCGAGCGCAGGGGUGAAUGGAAUCUCUAAGAGACGAGGAUGGAGUUUCAAGUUGUACGUAACUAUAUACUCUACGUAUUCGUUUUGAUUUUCAUGUCACGUCCUAUUUUGCGUAA